CCAUCAAAAAACAAAGAAAAGAAGUUUGACAGAUACAAAGAAAUGUUCGAUCAUGUCGGACGGUUUUUAGAUGAGUAACAAACAAAAUUCUACGUGACCUGUGGAUGGCAACGGAAUGAGGACGGAGUGAGGCUGAUGAGCCUCAACGGCGGCAUGGAGGCCGAAGGAGACGAGGAGAAGAAGAAGAAGAUCAACGAGGAUGUCAUAGUCUUCCUCAGGAAGCGCAGCGAGACCAACGCGCCCAAGUAUGCCGCCCGGUUGAAGACCUACGUCGACCUCCAACAUAAGAGGCGUCGAGCGGCCGCAGCCAGGCGCCACUCCGAGCAGAUGCUCAGAAGAACUACGUCUUCUAGAAAACGGAAUGACAUGGAAACGAACAAGACCGGCGAGGUGACAGACCACCGCGGAGGGGACGAAGACGAAACUCGCGUGGGGAAGCGUCGCGGGGACAAGAAUAUGAACAGUCGGUCGUUUUCUCGUUCGCGGUCUGGGGAGCCGUCAGAUAGGUGCGGGCGUAGACGUAGGAAACGCCGUAGAAGCUGCGGGAGGCGUAGGAAGAAGCGCCGCCGCCGCCGUAGCUGCGGUAGGCGUCGCCGCCGCCGCCGCAAACGCAGCUGCAGCCGCCGCCGUCGCCGCCGAAGCUGUCGCCGCCGCCGGAAGAAGCGUCGUCGUCGUCGUUGCUAAAUUCACCUACCUCAAUGUUCUUUGUAUUGUGAUUGUAUUUUAUUCGAUUGGGAGGUUCCAAAUUUAGGGUAAAGGAUU